AUGUCAAAUGAAUCUACAAAACCAUACGAAGAAUUGGAUCAAAUUUCCGCUGAUGAGAAAUCCUUCUUGAAUGCUGUCGAUAGAGGCGAUAUUUCAGGAGUUAGAAGAAUUCUGAAGCAAUAUCAGGAAAGUAAUCACAUUAACAUCAACACGACAGAUUCGCUUGGGCGUUCAGCGUUAAUGAUCGCCAUUGACAACGAAAAUUUGGAAAUUGUUGAGUUAUUGGUAGAUCAUUGCGAUAAUACGUAUGACGCACUUUUGCAUGCCAUUUCCGAAGAAUUCGUUGAAGCAGUAGAAGUUUUGUUGGAUUGUGAUAAUUUGGAGCCUCGUUCUGAAAAUUCUGAUCCAACAAGCACAGAUCCGCCAUUGGUUUUAGCUGCACAUCGUGACAAUUAUGAAAUUAUUAAAAUUUUGCUCGAUAAAGGAUAUACGUUGCCCAUUCCUCAUGACAUACGUUGCGGAUGCAGCGAAUGUAUUUGCAGUCGAAUGGAUGACUCUCUGAAACAUUCCAAAAGUCGAAUUAGCGCUUAUCAAGCAUUAUCGAGCCCAAGUUUGAUCUGUCUCUCAUCAAAAGAUCCUAUUUUAACAGCAUUUGAACUUUCAUGGGAGUUACGUCGCUUAAGUAAACUCGAGAACGAAUUCAAACUCGAAUAUCAGAAUUUACGUGCAAAAUGUAUGACAUUCACAUCUUCGUUGCUCGAUCACGUUCGAAGUUCAAAUGAGCUUGAAAUCAUCUUAAAUCACGAUCCGUAUGGACCGCCAUAUGAACAAGGAGAACGCAUGAAGUUAAGUCGUCUCAAAUUAGCAGUCAAAUUAAAACAGAAGAAAUUUGUGUCACACUCGAAUGUGCAACAACUCUUGACGAGCAUUUGGUAUGAUGGCUUGCCCGGAUUUCGUCGCAAAAAUAUGGCUUUACAAUUGUUGGAAAUUCUCAAAAUUGGUUUCAUGUUUCCCUUUUUAUCGAUAGUAUAUAUCAUUAUGCCUCACUCGAAACUCGGCAGUAGCAUGCGAAAGCCAUUCAUUAAAUUUAUUUGUCAUAGCGCCUCGUAUUUUAUGUUUCUGUUUCUGUUAAUUCUCGCAUCUCAACGAAUCGAAACAAUAGUCGGAGGAUUAUGGGACAACGAUGAAAGCGCAACGGGUGAAAAGCUGAAAGAUAUUCCCAUAAAACGUGGCGAAAGCCCAACAAUCAUCGAAUGGGUCAUUCUCAUCUGGGUUAUGGGACAAAUUUGGGAUGAAGUAAAGCAACUUUGGACUGUAGGGAUUCAAGAAUACGUCACGGAUAUGUGGAAUAUCAUCGAUUUCGUGACAAAUUCGUUGUAUGUCGCAACAGUUGCUUUAAGGAUCGUUUCAUAUUGUCAAGUUCGGAUGUUGGAUAGCGACUCGCAUAUUCCGCGUGAAAAAUGGGAUGCAUGGGAUCCAAUGUUGCUUUCUGAAGGACUUUUUAGUGCAGCAAAUAUCUUCAGUUCAUUGAAAUUGGUUUAUAUUUUUUCCGUAAAUCCGCAUUUGGGACCUUUACAAAUUUCCUUAUCUCGAAUGGUAAUGGAUAUCAUCAAAUUUUUCUUCUUGUACGUGCUUGUGUUGUUUGCAUUUUCAAGCGGAUUGAAUCAAUUGUUAUGGUAUUAUGCGAGUUUGGAAAGAAAACGAUGUGUCGACAUAACAACGAGUAAAGUCAAAUUUCAAGGCACUGAUCCGAAUGCUUGCUACAUAUGGAGACGAUUUUCAAAUUUAUUCGAAACUGCACAAUCCCUAUUUUGGGCUGUUUUUGGAUUAAUCGAUCUCGACAGCUUUGAACUUGAAGGCAUCAAAAUCUUCACACGCUUUUGGGGAAUGUUAAUUUUUGGCACAUAUUCCGUCAUUAAUAUCGUCGUUUUAUUAAAUUUGCUUGUUGCCAUGAUGAAUCACUCUUAUCAACUUAUUUUCGAUCGAGCUGACAUGGAAUUCAAAUUUGCUCGUUCAAAACUUUGGAUCAGCUACUUCGAAGAAGGCGGAACAGUUCCCGUACCUUUCAACAUUAUUCCGUCUCCGAAGACAAUUUGGUACAUUAUCAAAUGGAUUCGUCGUGAAUUUUGUAAUCAUUCAAAAAUCAUCAAAAAGGAGCAAAUGAAGACGAUCAAAAAAGUUCGUAAAGCAAAUGAACGGGAUACGCGUUAUAAAGAUGUCAUGCGAAAUUUGGUACGAAGAUUUAUCACAGCAAAUCAGAAGAAAACUGAUAGUCAAACAAUUACGGAGGACGAUGUGAACGAAAUUAAACAAGAUAUUUCAGCAUUCCGAUGUGAAGUUGUUGAAUUGUUAAAAAAUAGCGGAUUACAACAAGGAGGAUCUUCAGCGACAAAUACAACGACGUCAUCUAUCGAAGAAAACACGAACAAAAAACGAAAACCAAAAAUGCGGAAACUCGUAAAGGGCUAUAGCGUUGCUUGUGGCUUCUUAAACUCAUCAUCUGAAAGUCGUGAUAGUUUGGAAAAAAUUACUGAUGCUGUCAGUUUAGUCGAUGACGUGAUGUAUGCACCCGGAUUGACUCCUCGACGACAUUUAGUUUUCCCGAAUUAUGCAAGAACGAAAGAAACCCGAUAA